AUGGAAGGGUUCGGCACCGACAUUGAGUUCCUCCAAAGUCCUUCGGGCGCUUUUGGAUAUUCAUACGCCGACACAUUCAGGUGUCAAUAUCCUGGUUGCAAAGCCAGCUACCGGCGCAAAGAGCAUCUGACCCGCCAUGAAGCAUCAAAGCAUGCCCAACAGCAGGAGUUUGUGUGUUCGACCUGUGGUCGCGAAUUUGGAAGAAGUGAUACACUUCGACGACAUGUCCAGAAGCAGCACAAAAUAACGGAGCCCCUAAAUCGUGCACGUCGAGCGUGUGUGAGUUGCCAUGCGGCAAAGACUCGAUGCGAAGGGGGCAUCCCCUGUGAGGAGUGUGUCCGCCGCAAGAUGCAAUGUUCUUUUCCAAACAAUCCUGGGGCUGAAAAAAGGGGACAUCACAGCUCAUCGAGCUCUCCAUUCUCAACUCCGAACCAUGACCAGUUAGAGUCAAAUCAUUGUGAGAAGAAGAGAGAAUCUAUUGAUCGCUAUUUCGAGAUUUUUCACCCACGUUGGCCUUUUAUCCAUAAAGGAUCUUUCAAUAUACACCGGGAAACACCCUUACUUCUACAAGCAAUGGUGGUGAUAGGUAUGUGGGCAUCUGGAGAACAGUCUGCGCAAUCUGCGGCUGUGGAGCUUCAUGAAAAACUUGAUUCUGCUAUUCGAGAGCAAAAGGAGAAAUGGGAUGCCUCAGAGGUCGACGGGGCGUGCAGUACCUGUUUGUGGCCAAUCGCCACAUACCAGGCUAUCCUACUACAUGUUAUUUUCGCUGUCAUUCUGAAGGCUGGAGGUGCUGUCAAUCUCAAUCUCAAAGCUUCUAUAUCUGCUGCAAGUCUGGAUCUACUUCAAUCUCUCGUUGGAAGCUGUCGAAAACUGGGCAUGUUCUCUUACCCGGACAUGCUUGGCAGGUACAAGGAAGCUGACCUGCCCUCAUUUGUCUGGGUGGGGAUUGAGGAAGUCAAGCGAUUUGAUAUAGCACUGUAUAAACUUGGUACGAAGCUAAACAUUUCUGGCUCGGAAGGCAGAGAUUUGCUUACUGCAAGUGAGCUUGAGUUCCCCCUCCCAAGCAAUGAUCUCUUGUGGCAUUCAACUGAAAGACAUGAAUGGGAAGCUUAUGCAAAGGAGGAGAAUAUGGUUUCUUUGAAAGACGAUCUUCACGCAAAGUGGAUUUCAAAUUUUGCGGAUAUGUUGGAAUCCUUUGGUCUAUAA